AUGGAUGAGUCCCUGAUUCUCUCCAAAUUCGACCGCCUUGUCGAAUCCGGCCUCGUUUUAUAUGACGACAAACAACAGAUCAUCGAGCAUAUUGACGGCAACCUCAAACCCACCCUUACCUACUCACAGCCCGAGCCCGAAACUACCAGUCAGGAGCCCGAAAAGCGAGACGGUAGCGAUAUCAGCACCACCGGAUUUGAAAUUGACGAAACAGACACCCAUUUGAUAACCGUGAACAAGUUCUGCUUUGCGCAACCCUACCUCAUGCCUCUGACCGGUGACGGAUACCGAUGCCAAUAUGAGCCGCUCGACGAGGCCGAUUUGCACAUUGCGUGGCGGAUCCUGAACGCCGCUGAGACCGACUACGUUGUUUUCUACAACUGCGGGCGAGAUGGCGGAUGUAGUCGGCUGCAUAAACAUCUGCAGGUGAUGCCCUUGCCGGAUAAUAGUUUCGCGGCGUUUCUGAAUUCUGUCGAAGGGGAGGUACCCGAGACGAAGGUUCCAUUUAAGUGGUUCUUUCGGCGGUUUGAAAAGGACACGACACUGACGUCUUCUGCGUUGGUUGGUGUUUAUAAGGAGCUGCUGGGCCAGGCUACGCGGGUGGGCGAGGACCGUGGUGAACAUGCGGCGAGUGCGCCGUCCGAAGCGGCCUGUCCGCAUAACAUGAUUCUCACCAAGAGGUGGAUGGUCGUGUUGCCGAGAAGACGAGGUGCGAUUAAUAAGGAGGCCGGGAUGAAUUCGUUGGGUAUGCUGGGGGUGAUUGCGGUGGCCACGACGAAGGAAGUUGAUAACUGGGUCAGGUUAGGGCUGACCGAGUCCCUGGCAGAGUUAGGAUUACCGAAGGGCAUGUAA